AUGCGGCUGGUCAAGCAAGAGCCGGGUGGUUCUCCUGCUGCCGGAGUCAACACGGCCGCGAACCGGCUGGCAACAGCAUCACAAGAACAGAAUGCUAGCAUUGACACCCGAAUCGGCCGUCAGACCAUUACCGACAGCCACGCCGGCAGUGGCGGUGGCGGCGGCGGCGGCAGCGGCGGCGACGACGAUGAUGCUCCGAUCCUCAUGGAGGUUCGAAAAAUUAAGACGCAGCCCGCCGAGAGCAUCCUGGACCGCCUUGACGCACCUCAUGCGUUUCCUGCCCAUGCCCACCAAGGCCCCAACGUUAGCUUCGUUUCGCAUGGCUUCACGGCCAUCGGGGACAAGGUCAAGGAGCUCAACGACACCUUGGGCGAGCUCCAGUCGCUCGGCAUCCAGCAUGUCACCAGUCUGCCCGAGCUUGUCCUCGUUGGCGACCAGUCUGCCGGCAAGUCCAGCCUCAUGUCGGGCUUCUCCGAUAUUUACCUGCCGCGCAGCGAGGGCGCCUGCACCCGCUGCCCCGUCCACAUCCGUCUGUCGGGUGCACAGGCUGGCGGGCCCUGGGCCUGCCGCAUCUCUCUGCAGCAAGACUACGACUACCGUCCGCCGCAGGGCGUCACGCGUGCCAAUCCGUUUGGUCCCUGGUUCGAGAAGCGCCGGGACAUCAAGGACUUUGCCAAUCUCAACGACCCCUCCAAGAUUGAGGAGACGCUGCGGUGGGCCCAGAUUGCCACUCUGAACCCCAACCGCGACCACAGCCUGUACAAGCCAGGCACGGGCGAGAUGUGGCGCCGGUACCACCCGCUGUCCAGCGACGGCGGCGACGCCAUCCGAAACGAAGCCGCCUUCAGCCCGAACACGGUCGCCUUGGACAUCAGCGCGCCGGGACUUGCUGAUCUCAGCUUCUACGAUCUGCCGGGCGUGUUCACCAGUGCCAAGCAGGAUGAAGAUCAGUACCUCGUCCAGGUCGUCCGCAACCUAACGGCAAAAUACAUCUCCCACAAGCAAGCCAUCAUCCUCUGGGCUGUGCCCAUGAAUGUCGAUUCGGAGACGUCCUCGACGUUUUCGAUUAUCCGUGAGAAAAAGGCUCAGGCCCGCACCAUCGGCAUCAUGACCAAGGCGGACCUUCUCCCCCCCAACCCAACAGCUGCCGCCCAGUGGAUGGCCAUGCUCCGCGGCGAGCAGCACAAAGUUGGCCACGGGUACUUUAUGACAGCGAGGCCCAUCGUCACCGAAGAUCUGCUCCCCAACGAGAUGGUCCAAUCGUCCCACCGCGAUCCAUCCAGGCCCGCCGACGAGCUGGAGCGCCAGGGCGCGUUCGAGGAGGCCUUCUUCAACAAGCAGCUGCCGGGCAUGGCCAACCAGGAGUGGCGCGACUGCUUCCGCGAAUUUGAGGACCGCUGUGGAGUCAAUCGUCUUGUGGCCUUCAUGUCCCAGCAGCUCGGUCAUGAGUUUGCCAAGUGUCUUCCCGAGAUCAAGGAGAAGGUGUCCAUGAAACUUCUUGACGUCAAUUACGAGCUGGCUCAGCUGCCUGACGUUCCCGAAAAUCCCGAGCUCGAGAUCCGCCGCAGUCUCGUUGCGUUCACGUCGCAGGUGCGAGCGAUAAUCGACGGGCCGCAAGAAAUGUUGCGGCUACUCAACGAGAUAUUUCGCGAAUUCAAAAAGGCAAUUGCGGAUCUCAAGCCCAAGUAUAAGGUUAAGGUGGAGUCCCUCACAAAUGGCCUAGCCAGCGGCAGCAGACACGUCGUCGACAACAAUGGUCGCAUCGACCUGACAUCUGCGGACAACGACGAUGCGUCGAGCAUCUACGGUGGCUCUCCCGCGCCCGGACAUGCGUCUGUUCCCCCUUCCGGCGCCCCAGCCAACUCCGUACCCCGUCGCCGGCAGCACAGCACAUUCCUCGAUGGGCAAACCGAUCCCGCCGGCCCCAGCACCCCGUCCAAGCGUGCCCGUGGGCUCAACGAUUCGGUCAAACAAGAAGACCAGUCCGAAAAUGGCGACAAUAGUCCUGCGUUCGGCGCAGGCUCGAAGCGUGUCCUCUUCUCACGGACUGGCCAGCCGCUUCAACGGUCGGCUCGAUCUCUCCAGGCGGUGCGCGAUAUCAUCGAUGCUCAGAUGCGGCCCGGUAUGCCCAACAUCGUCACCGGAGACAUCUACAACUCACUGUCGAUGGAGGCCAUCCGGCCCUGGAUCGACCCGUUGAUGCAGUUGCUGGAACGCGUCUUCAACUUGCUCGACACCAAACUACAUGAGCUCCUCUCAACCGCGCUCAGCAACCUGCGCAAGCGGCUCAUCUACAAACACGCCUCAUCCGCCCUCAAGAAGUUCCUGGUCGACCGCAUGAGCGAGGUGCAGACGACGCUCCUGCAACACUACCAGCUCGAGACGCGCAAGUACCACACGCUGGACCGAGAGACCAUGGCGCGCAAUGAGGAGGCCGAGCGCAACCUCCUGGCGCGGCACCGCCACUACUACCGCAUGGUGGCCUACCUCGGCGAGCAGCGCGGCAAGGAGCGGCCCCUUCCCAAGGACUGGGAUAUCAUGAGCGACGACGAGCGUGCGCGCGAGAAGACAAUCAUGAACCAAGAGCUCGCCAAGCUCGGCGCGGACGAAUACACCCGCGAGCUGGGUGUCUGCGCCAACGUGCGCGGCUACUACCGCACCGCCGCCACGCGCUUUGUCGACACGUGCACGAUGCACAUCUCGUCCGGUCUGCUGCCGGACGUCACGGACCAGCUCUCCAAGUCGUACCUGGACAACCAGCUGGGCGUUUUUGAUAGGACAACACCGCAGACAUUCCUGGACCUCAUGGGCGAAGACGAGGCGACGGCCCAAAAGCGUGCCAGCCUCAAGGACGACCGCCGGCGGUUCCAGCUCACAAUGGAGUCCAUCCAGCGCCUCGAGAACUCGAGCCAGUACUCGCAAGAGCAGCCAACCCAGCCGCAGUCGCAAGUGCCUGUGCCAGCCACGGUGGAUGGCGAUGUUUAG